CACACAAGCCCAUAUCCCUCUGCGCGCUCUCGCUAGCCGGUUGUCAGUCGCAAACCGGUUUAGCUGUGACAGUGACCAGUGUUUGUAAUUUGUGCCAGUGUUCGUUUCAAUGGAUUGUACUAUUUUGGAAAUGGAAGAUAAGCCGUACAGUGUUGACAGUUCCGACGAUAUCAACAUCGAGGAAGAGGAAGAAGAACAAAUUGAAGAGAGUCAUAGUUACCCACCAGACUUCCCAAUCGAAGCAUUAGUGAAGUUAGAGCGUCCGUCGCCACCUCUGCCGACGCCACCUCACACACCGACCGACGACACGCCACCAGCGAUCAUUGUAUCACGCCACCAAGCCACCUGGUCUCCUCAAUACUCCGUGCCUAGAACCAUGCAAACUCCAUACCCAUACGACAAACAAGUUCCUAACUACACAUAUCCUGGAGUGCCCUACGUCCAACCGCAAGUCGCAAGUCUCCCACCGUCGGCACCUUAUCAUGCAAUGUUAGUCAAUCAAUGGAUAAGAAACGCCGCUUUAUACCACCAUUCUUUGAGAUACCCAUCGAUGGCGCAGAGAAUGCCUGGAAGAAAUCCUCCACCGAUGCGAGCACCGGGCGUCCCUGGAACAAGACCCAAAAAGCAGUUCAUUUGCAAAUACUGCAAUCGCCAGUUCACCAAAUCCUACAAUCUACUCAUCCACGAAAGGACUCACACCGAUGAAAGGCCAUACUCAUGCGAUAUCUGCGGAAAGGCCUUCAGAAGACAAGACCAUCUUAGAGAUCAUAGGUAUAUCCACUCAAAGGAGAAGCCGUUUAAGUGCACCGAGUGUGGGAAAGGCUUUUGCCAGUCGAGGACCCUGGCGGUUCACAAAAUCCUACACAUGGAAGAAUCUCCACACAAAUGCCCAGUUUGCAACAAGAGUUUCAACCAAAGAUCAAAUUUGAAGACACAUUUACUGACUCACAGUGAAGCAAAUAAACAUCAUUUAGAACAUCUAGAAGGUUGUCAAGAAGUAUCGUCUACAAGUCAAGCUGCUGAGAGUCCUCUACUAGAUCUAUCGCACAAGCCGUCACCUCCGCCUGCUCAAAAUUAUCAACAUAAACACCAAGAAUCGCCCGUUGAAGCUCCUAAGAGACCGCUAGGAUUUUCGAUAGAAGAUAUUAUGAAACGUUAACUAUAUAUAUUAUUUCUUAGUAGGUUAUGAUCAAAACAAGUUGACCCGCUUUGCAGGGCAAGUUUAAGUACGAUGCGAGCUUUAACACCGAGUUAUGAAACUCGUUUUUAGAUAAAUCAUUAAUGUUAUUCCACUUGAUCUUGGUAUAAUACUGCUGCAUCACAUUAGUGCUUAUGUAAUUUUUGGUACCUAUUCUUUAAAUUUAACCAAAGAUGUAUCUCAAUCGUUCGAUUGUUCAAAUUUCCCAUCUUUCAGCAUUGAUACCUAAUGAAAUUCUACCAUUAAUAUGCUGUACUAUACUGUAAUGCUUUUGUAAUUUGAAGAAUUCGACUCGAUUUUCUUUAGCUAAAGACUGAAAUUGUUUUAUUAUUGUUAUGUUUCUAGAGAUUUAUUUAUUGUGAUAGCUUCUCAAAUAAACUUAGGUUAAUGGUUGACUAAAGUUACCAAAAGUAUUACCUAUGGGUUAUUUCAAUCCAAAAUUAGUGGCUAUGAUAUCUCAAAUCAUGUUCAAAGUAAUUUAAUGUACCUUCUUAAUUUUAUUAUUAGAUUUAGUAAUAUUAUCUAAUUAUAUUGUAUUUACUUAUAGCUAAUUAAAAUUUCAGUUGUAAAUAUAGUUCUUUGUAAAAAUUAUAUUUAAGUUUAAAUUUAGUAAAAUAAAACAGAGGCUAUUGGUGAAGAAAAAUAUAAUGAAAAACCUUCCAAACAUUAAA